CAAAUAUCCCAUAAUCACCUAGACCUACUCCUCUUCCUCUUCUUCUUCCUUCUAGUCGUCUUCUUCCUCUGACAGAAUGUUAGUGGAAGAUAAUUUUAGAAUGAAAUACCUAUUUGCUUCGACGCGAAAACGAACAAGGAAAAAAGAGCAAUUUUCCACCAACAUUCCUACUACAUUACACCUAUCAACAUGUCUGAAUGAUGCGGGCAAGAAGAUACAUUAACUACAACGAAGAAUGUAUAAUCGACAUCCCUCCUGCAGCCGAAGGUCGCCCUGAUCAUGAUCAUCGAUCCACGUCUUCUGCUGGGGACUACUACCAAUCCAUUACCCAUGCAAGUUUACAGAUCAGCGCACAGGCAGCGAUCGCUAUGUGCGGUUAUGCUUUGUCGGGAUCUUCUUCUCAUCAGACCGCCAUCAACCUUGCGGCCGCGGGCUUCGCCGUGGGCUUUCUCUGCAGCUGGAUGGCCAUUGCGGUGAGGGGAAAGAAGCCCGGCUUGGCGGAUUUGAUGGCGAAGAUUAGCUUCACGGCCACGGCGGCUGCCGUCGUCGUGCCGAUGGGGCUGUUAUUCAUACCUGGAAAAUAUAGGUGGUUGAGUGUGCUGCUCCCGAUCAUUCCGGUCGUAGCUACAUUUCAACAUCGGUGAAUUUUAAUUUGAUUAAAAGUGUUAGUUUGUGAUCAACCAUUGACCAAUAUGUAAUAUUUAAGUAUUGAUUCAAUAAUCAUGAAAUGAAAUAGUUGAUGCCCUUUGAGGGCGAUUUGUCCGUGGACGUAGGUCAAAUGACUGAAUCACGGAAAUUUUGUGUGUU